AAUGUACGCACUAGUCACUACUUCUCUAUUGAGUGUUCUCUAGUGGCGAUCGAUCGGCGGCGUAUAAUAGAAAUGAACGCAUACCUAUUUGCCUAAUAAUUGUGAAGAUCAAGGAAAGAUUUCAUAACAAAUCAAAAUAAAAACAAAACUAUUUGCUGCUAUUUAAUUACAUCUGUUUACGAUAGUGAAAAAAUCUGCAGUGAACUUUACAGUAAUAGUAUUAAUUUUACGUUCCAAGGAAAUAUCUUCGCUUAUUGGAAUUUUUUGAAAAUGAUCCAGUUACAGUUUUAUUAUAAAAAAUACUUACUUAAGUUUGAGCUGAAAUUCGCUAUUCGAGCUGAAUAAAUUUUAUUCUAUUCUAUUCUUAAGAGAUAGGAUAGGUUGCCCAAUAACAAAACAUUGGGUAGUGGUGGCCACCGGGCGUCUUGAGUUGCCAGGGUGUAAGAAAUGCUUAAUGCCGGACCCAGGGGUUAAGCCGAUAGCCACUAGUGAUUCUUCUGCAUCAGAUGAAGCAUCUAAAUUAGAACUGUACCUUCAGAAACAACUUGAGGAGGAUGUAGCAAGAAUUUUUGAUGAAUCAAUUUAUUCUGAUUUGGAAGUGGUUUGUGGAAAAUUAAAAAUACUGACACAUUCUUGUAUACUAAAAGCACGUACAAACAUAUUUUACAGCAAGCUUGAAGCUAUUUUGCAUGUCAAUAUUGGAAGAGAAAUUUUUGAUGAAAUAUAUUCCUUCAUAAGUGAUGCCUACACUGAAUGUGAUAUAAAAAAUCAGGAAAAAGAUAUAUUGAUUUUUCUUAAAAGAAAAAUAUUUACUAAAUCUAACGUAUCGGAUUGUAAUAAAACAAAAGAGAGCACGGACGACAUUGAUGUCUUCUUAACGCCGAAUUGUAGAAGUCCGUAUACAGAUAACAAAUAUCAACAAAUUUCAUGUCUUAGUCCUAGUACAGAACUGACAAAAGAAUACUAUGCUUUGGUACAUAUAGAAGGAAAUUUACUGGAACAGGAGUUGAUCGAACAAGAUGCACUUUCCAAUGCCUUCCAUACUAUAAUACAGUCGCAAGAUAGAGAGCCACAUAAAGGAAUACAACGUAAUAAACCCACUUCAUUGUCCCUUAUUUCUAGUCACUCUUCUGAAACUCUAAAACAUUCCAAUAAUUGUGAUAUUCAUAGCAAUUUGCAUAACGAAAAUGUUAAUUUAAAGGAUUGUGAGAAGAAAUCCAAUCAAUCAAAAUUGAAUCAAAGUACAAAAACAUGCCAAUCAAAUAAAGUCUUUGAAAGUAACUUAAGUAAGACGUUGAGUAACGAUACAUUCGCUGAAAAAACAUUUGACCCUACAUAUUCUCCAGAUAGCUUAGUUACUGACGACCCUAGUUCUUCUUCAGAUUACUUGUCCGCCGCAUAUACGUGCUCUCCCGCCUUGGGAUCUUCUGGGUGCUUGCAUCAAAUAAAUGUUGGCGAUAAUAGUACCAAAAUGGAAAACCUUUUUACUUCUUCUGAUUCUGGUCUAGAAAAUACUGGUAUGUUGGAAAGUCUGACUAGUCAUAAAGAUGUAACAUUGACAGAUAUAUCAUUAACUGAAAGUACUUUACACGACUUGAUUGCAGAAGAAACAAAUCAAUCACAAGAAUCAAUCUCAAGCCCCGAAGCAGAUUGUAAUCAAGUUCAGAGGAUGAUAGUUCAUACUGGACCUUCAUCUUUGAAUGGUAUUUCAGGAGCAGAGGACUUUAAUAGACGAAGAAAUGCAAGUCUUGGAAAACAAAAUGAUAUAGCAUAUUGCAAGUCUUCUAAAGAAGAAAAACAACGGCAGAAUGAGGAAAUUGUCAUACUAGAGUCUUCGUCAGUUUCUUCUGAGACUGGAUCCUGGGAGUCUGUUUUUCCACCAAAAAUAUCAGAUAAAGAAAUUUGCGACAAAUUUAUAAACAGUGAACGUCAGUAUAAUUAUGGUGACAUAAAAGAAAAACCGAACACUUGUAAUUAUCAAAAAUUUGAAAAAUUGUUAGUAAAAAAUCCAACGCCGUGUUUCAUUGAUGCAGCAAGUUUGGCAGAUGAAGAACAACAUUCACAAAAUAUAAAUGAAAUUGUGACUGAUACAUCUAAGUCUGAUCUAAUGCCUACGCCGAGUAAACCAGUGCCCUGUACUGCGGUUAACAAGCUCGACAUUAGCCCAGGUGACUGGUCUGAAAGUAACGAUAAUGAAGACUCGUUGGAACAAGGAGAUAACAAAGACACAGAUUCAAUUCAAAAGGAUUUAUCCCCCACUAUUUUUGAAAUGACUCCUAUUACGGAAGACUCUUUGAGUGCAAAUAUUAUUCCAGACAAUAAAGGCUCCAUCGAAACGCAUUCAGUUUCUAGUUGUGCAAAUGAAAAGACAGUUUCGCUUGCAUCAAACACGGUUUAUAUGAGCACAACACCCCAUAAUUCAAUCAUGUCACUGAAAACAUCAUCUUUAAAACAAUAUGAAUCUGAAGAAAGUGAAAACGAUACCAUUAUAAGUAGAGGAAGCUACUCUAAUUUUCGAUCAGGUAGGUAUAAUGAAUCUUCUCCUAUAGUUUCAGGCGGUACUUCAGUAGAUGUUCAUACUCCAAAAUUAGGAGCUUUAAAUAGUAGUCCAUUAAUUCGAAGAAAAAUAGAUAACACACCUAUAGUGACAGGUGUGUCAUUUCCAAAUGAUGAUAAUGAAAGUCUCCCGAAAACACCGAAACCUGCAUGCGUAUCAGCUUGGAUUGUUGAUAUGUCCAACCCAAAAGAAAUUGAAUCAGAGAAAACAACAUCCAACUCCAAUUGUAAAAAGCCUGGUGAUAGGAAUUGCGAAAACUUGAAAAAUGAAACAAAAUCAAGCAGCAGUGAUAAUUAUUGUAAAAGCAGAAGUUCUGUAGACUCUGAUAGCAGUGAAAAAUCUGGUCAUAAAUUCUUCAUUGAUUUAUCUACUUUGCCUGAUCCCUUGCCUCCAGAAAAACCAGAAACUAACGACAGUAGCAAUGAAAAAAAGAAUAUGUUUUCGAUGUAUAUAGAUCUGGGUGAAAGCUCAACUCUUAAGGAGAUGCCUUCUCGACUGUCAUCUUCCCUAGGUAAUAAAAAACAGAGCAUUGAAAUUAAAGGCUCUUCAAAGCCUAAAUCUCCAAAAUCUGCUAGCAAUGAAAAAAAUAUCAGCGUUUCAUCAAAAUCACAUGAUUAUAGCAUGAGUUUUGAGAGAUAUGAAUCUCUCUGUAAUGAUACGAACUUAAGUAUCUCUGAAAUAAUAUCUAUUCCGGAGCUACCUGUAGGUCCAAAAAGUAAUGAAUCCUAUGAAUCUGAAGGCAAUAAAGUUGAUAAAUCAUCUAUUCGACGUAUGAAUGGCGAUAAAUCCUUUAUGAUGAACACUGUAAAUGUUAUACACGAAGAAACUAUUAAUGCGAAAGAUCAGCCGGUCGAUCUUUUCGUCAAAUUAUCUGAUUUAGACAAACCGAUCAUAAAAUCUGAUAUUUUUGAGAGAGAAAAUUUCGAUCCAAGAAUGACUAGGUCUAUUCCAGACAAAAAUUGGCCCGAACAAAAUGUCCAAACUGCAUCAUCUAGAUCUAGUGAAGUUAUUAGUUCGUUUCAUUCAGAAAAUGCAUUGAGUUUAAACAGACUCUUUCCUCAUUUAAAAAACGAGUUUAGUAGAAGUAUGCCAAUUUCUUUAUCUGGGAGAACCCGGUCGCCUUUGCGGCCCGGAGCUUCGUCGAGUGUUGGUGAAAUAGACGAACAGGUGUCAGAUGUGUCUGAAAUCAGCAGCAUUCAGAGCAGUAUGUGUCGUUCUGUAAUCGAAAAUAGCACAACGGAGGAAACAAGUCAAACAUCCAGUUUAAUCGGUAACUGUCAGUCCAGAUUAGGCCAAGAUUUGUUGCGGAUGUUCUUGGAAGAAAUAGCGCCAGAUGUGAUAGUGGAAGUAUCUGGAAAACGGAUUAAAGCACAUAAAUGUAUAUUAUCUUCAAGGUGUCAAUAUUUUGCUGGUAUCUUAAGCGGCGGUUGGGUAGAAAGUGCUGGUAACGUCAUUGUUUUACCACCAUUCUCAUUCAAUGUAGUACAUUUUGCUCUGUGCCACAUAUAUUCGGGUCUCUCGACUAUUCCGGACUCAAUUAGUAUUGUGGAACUGGCCACGAUUGCUGAUAUGCUGGGUCUGGAAGGAUUAAAGGAAGCAAUCAUGUUUACGUUGAAAGCUAAAUAUUGUCACCACUUUCAUCGGCCGUGUCAAGUUUGCACAGCCGGUGUAUUGGAAUGCUUUCCACUCUCAUCAGUUUAUGGAUUAGAUGACUUAUACCGCAAAUGUCUAAGGUGGAUUACGAAGUACUUUUCAAAAGUCUGGCCUACUAAAGCUUUCGCUACAUUGCCUAAGGAAUUGUUGGACAAAUGCUAUCAAGAACAUAUCGUUAAUUUAACAAUUGAAAAUCUUAUUGACACUGUUUAUGGAUGUGGUAUAACAGUGGCAUCGCUGCAAAACAGCAGGUGGGCUGAAAGUGUGGCACGAAUGUGUCGUCGUACGGUGAAUGCAGCAGCACACUUUGCCGCGCCGAGGCUACUGGCGGUGCUGGAGCUGAUAGCGACCGCCCCCGACGCGCCGCAGCCCGCCAAGCAAGCGCUGGACGAUUGCCUCGCUGCCGCCAUCGAAUGGGCCCCGCCCGAUGAGACGUGUCGCGCGUACGCUUUCCUCUCCAGCUUGGUCAAAGAAAUCCGGAACCAACACUCGUCAAAACCGGACCUCAUAACAAACGGCAACCAGAUAUCUAAAGUGCCGGAGCCAAACAACCUUCUGUUCACUCACGCUAGCAGCUGGCGUCUGCAGUGUGAGGGUGCUUUAGUGAGAGCCGCCCCCAGGGUUGUAGGCACCCAGGCUUUCAAAGAUCUACCGUCGGAGCUACGAAGGCGACUUCGAGAACUCGGCUGCAUCAUGUACGGUCCCCAAGCCAUACCCCUCACUGCAGGCCCCACGAUGCCACCAGACAGAAAAUGCAAAAGCACUUACCACAGCAAGCCGAAUAAAGUGGUCAAUACUUCCAAUACACGAAGUUUGGAUAUGGAAAAAGUUCGAAAUUCCUUUGUUCCUUACAAGCCGAAGCCGGUCGCGGUAAUGGGAUCAAAAGAUAAGUUAACGAGCACCAACGAACUGAGAGACGUCAAAAAGAUGAAUAAAGUCACCGUACCUAAAGUUAGGACAACGAAAGCGCAAGAGGAGCGUGCGAAAUUCAAUCAGAGCAAAUCGUUAAGUUCGCAAGAUCGUGUUGUCAAUAAUAGAUCUGUUACUACGGCUCGUCCACAUCUAUUUGAAAACACGAAACCUAGAUAUUUGGAACCACGUGUCUUUAAAGAGAAAGAGAAAAAAGCACCGCCGAAAGCAUUCGUCAAUAAAAUAGUCUCAUCCAGUGAAUCUUCACGUAAUUCGAGUCCAAUCCAAUGUCGUACGUUGCGAGCUAGUCGCAUGACGGCUAACCAAAAAUGUGAUCAUAAGGCGCAUGCCAUGUCUCAGGACAGUCUGGCUACUACUUCAAGGCCCCGUACGGCGGAACCUUCCACUGAUUCGUUGAGCGAAUCUCAAAAUAGCAACCGCUAUGCAACCUACACUAAGACCAAACACACAAGCAAAGGAUCCGUAGAGUCAGUGAUAUCAAAAUGCCAAGGGCUUUCACCAUCAUCGUUGCUAAACGCGAACGUCAAAACUAAGAUACCAGUUUAUUUGAAUCAAAACUCAGUAUCCGCCAACGGUAGCACCAGCAAGCAAGCGACCAGUGGUAGAAUGUUGCAUGUGAACACACAUGUAAACGCAAAGGGUAAAACGAAAUCGUGUGAUCGUAAGAUAUCCGGAUCUCUAAUGAAUGCUACAAAAUCGAGCUCUGCAAAAAUUGUACCAAAAGUGUCGAAGGAAUCGCAGAUGUGUCACUCACAAUCCCAUAAGCAUAAACAAUCGAGAACUGGAACUAAACACACCACCAGACGAGAAGAUGGUGAUAAGGAGCACCACAUUCCUGUGAUGGAACGUUCAGGUACCUUCUUGAAGGAUGAGCCCACGUUCGGCGAUAAGACCACUAACAUAGACAAGGCCCUGUAAGUUAAAAGUUGUAGGUAUGUUUUACCAUAAACGUAAGAGGGCUACCUAUUAUAUAUCCAACUCAAAACACGUAAAACGUAUAAACUUUUCCGAUAUCGUGAACGGUCAUUGUUCUCAAAACAAUUUUUACAGUGGAACCAUAUCUUUGUGAAAAAAUUACCUUCUGGUCCAUAUUCUUUAUCGAAUGAUAUUGCCAUUUUUAUAUGGAAUACCUAGUGUAUUCUGGACAACUUUUCCAAGAUUUGAUAGACAUAAUUUUUUCCAGGAUUUAAGGGUUAGUCCCAUUGUAAAAGUUGUUUAUAAGGGCGUUCUUCUAUACGAUAGUAACAUUGCUAGGAAACAGCUUGUACCACGCAUAGGGACCUCAAAAUAAAUAGAUUAUUGCACUGUACUUAAAAUAUUUUGUAUAUAUGGUUUUUAUCUUGUACAAUAAUUUUAUUUGAAUUAACACAAAUGAAUAUUUUGCUUUUAGGCAAGUUAAUUUUAUAUUAAUAAUAACGCAAACUUAUUUUAGGAAAGAGUUUCUAAACUUUAUAAUUUUUAAACCUACCCUUGUUUUGCAGAAGUAUAUGUAUUUGUUAUAGUCAUCAACAGAAGUGUUAGUAACGGAUUAGUGGGUCUUAAUCAUGUAAAUAUUUUCUUGACUAAUUUUAAUAUACAUUAUAAGUAUAAUGUUUCACUUACUACACUGACACUUGCUUUGAUAAAGUAUCUCAUUUUAAAAAUCAAGGAAUUCAACGUCUUCAUUCUCCUCAACACGCAUCCUACACCACGAGCUGGUACCCCUAUAAUAUGUAUAUAUAUUGAUUUAUCAUUUUAAUCAUGCAGUUACAUACUUUUACUUCUAAAUCAUCACAUUUUAUGCUUUAAAUCGAAAACUGUCUUUAACGAGGGUUUUGAAAUAAAGACAGUGUUUUUCGUCGUUAGAGGUGUCAUUUAACUUAUUUCGAAGCGUUACUUCCCAAAACGUCCUUAGGUACGGAGGUUAUGAUAACUGACAUAACUUGACUUUUACCAAGACGUAAGGACAUAAAAAAUAACAAUAAAAAUAAAGACCCUGCAAUUAUCUAUCUUAAACUAUGAGACAUAAUAUCUUGUGAAUUGAAACAAAUCCUUUUGGUUACAGUUUUUGUUACUGAUACUUUAAUUUCAACCUAUAGUUACUUCUAGAACAUGGAUAUAAAUUUUUAAAUAGGUAUACUGCAAACUUGACAAGCCUAUAACAAUCAUCAUAUGCAAGUAUACGAAUGAUUCUAUGCACACGUCUUGCUUGUGCAAGCGGAGUAGCAUGAAUAUUAUCUAAUUGAGCUAGCCACGCUUGUGCAUGCAUAAUUGUAUGUAUGUUUGUACAUGACAAACUUGCGGAAAACACCCAAAUAAUGUGUGAAUAGCAUAGCAUAUCUAUCACAUAUUUAUAAUUGGUAGACAAUAAUCACUUGUCAUCAUCAUGACAAAGUCGAUAUUUCUUGUUAAAAUCGGUAAUUAUUAACUUAUCACCGGGUCUUAUUAUAGCUGUAUAAAAUAAUCAUAUUAUCAUAAUUUUAUUAAAACAUUAGGUGUCAUCAAUUUCGUGAUUUUCUGAUUUUACAUAUUUGACAUCUACUAGUCUUUUGGAUUUUAUUAUUACUAAAUAGAGAAUUAAUGUUAAUAGUUUAGAAUGUGUAAGGUUAUAAAUUAAUCGUAAUAUGACAAUUCAUGAUGUAGAAUGAAGAAUUUUGUAAAUGUCCUAUGUUAUCAAAAUGUGCAGUAGUUUCAUAGUAUGCACUAUGUCUAUUUUAUUAUAUUUAAUCUUAAUGUUAGUGUUUAGUGUAAAAAUAUUUUAAAGAUUUGUUGUAUUUAUCCGUAUCAAAUUGAUAUUUUGCAUGUAGGUGUCCAGAUAAUUUUAUUCAUAAGUACCAACCAACCUGCCCCCUUAGCACGUUGUUUGACUUUGCCUACGUGACGGUCGCAAUCUAUUAAUUUUUUGUGUAUUAACAGCUCUUAGUUUAUUAUUAUUAUUUACAAUAUACUCAUUACAAUCAUUAAAUUAUUAUUAUUAACAUACUAAUAUUUAAUUAUUAUUGACUUGUUUAUUUAUUUGUUAUUAACUUAACUUUUACUAACAUUAUUAUUAUUAACUUACUUAUAUGUUUCUAUUUAAUUCACUGUUCUACAUUUCACUGUUAUGGGUGCAUAGUAUGCAUUCCAGUUAUUAAAUUCGCUUGUGUACAUUUUAUUUUAUGUUUAAUAAAAUAAAAUAAUAACAUCUGAUUGGCUGAACUGGUACACUAAAGGUUUGUAAAGGACAUACAGAAUACCAUAAAUUCAGCCAUUAUUGCGUUGUGGAUAAUCAUUUCCGUGCUAAGGGGGGUGGUUGGAGCGAGUUAGAAUGUGACUGAUUUGCCUUGUCCUUCGGUCCUUCGCGCGCAAGCGGAGCAAAGUAUAUAUUCAUUAUUGAAGAAUUAACAUCAAAUGGAUAAAAAAAAGAUCGUAAAUGGCAUUCCGGUCUUUAGUAUAGGAAACCCUUCUGUAUUUACGCUUAUUCUUUUUUCUUUCUGUGCUGGUUUCCGCACUUAAAUUUAAUUACGCUUAUUUAUUAACUUAUUGAAAUCGUGGUUUUCAAUUUAAAAUUAAAAGCCACGUCUUUAAUAAAAUUAAAGGUGUGGCUUUCUAAUGAUGUGAAUAAUAUAUUAUAACAAAACACCCUCAUUUAUGUUGGAUUAUAAAAACUUACGCAAGUGACAGUUACCUGUCACCUGGUUAUCAAUGGCUGGUUUUGUAAGAACUUUUUAAAAUUGUAGCCAUGAAAUAGACAUAGGCAAUAGCCAUUGCAGGGCUGUAGGUAAUGUUUUCGCCAACAGUUUGAGGGUGUAGGGUUUUCGGUAAUGAAAACUUAUGCGCUAAUUUUAUUAUUAAAUCUUAUUUUUAAAUUUUAAAUAGGUACUUACAUUUGAUAAAAUGUAUCAUUUAAAAAAAUAUUCUCAGUACAGCAAUCUCGCCAACCUUUUUUGCCGCUUUGAGCACACCGCGGUGUUUCCAUGCUCAGAAUGUAAAUAGAGAUCCUAGUGUAAGUUAGCAAGUUAACGUUAAAUGCGCGUAAAUCUGUUAUUAGUAUGGACGGAAAAGAGACGGAAAGUUUUCUGUUCCUUUCCCGUCCAUAUUUAAUGACAGAUUUACGCACGGUUAGCGUUAACUU